AGUUACUGCCUUUCAUAAUGUUAUCACUAUAAAAUUUUUGAUUUGCAUCUCUUAUCAUUCAGUUUAAUACAUUUGUCUGUCAUUCAAUUCAACUGAUCUUAAUGUUUAAUCAAUGAAUCAUUCAUUAUGUCCAUGGAUUUUCAACUUGACUGAUUGUUGUCUGGUCAUUUGUAAGUUACAGAUUGCUGCAAGAGCUUUCAAUCUAGAAAUACUAAUUGCUAAUUGUUUCCCCCUGAUGAUCACAAUUAGUUACCAUAUAAGUAGAACUGUGUUUGAGACUUUGCACUGUUCAAAUAUGGAGCAGGAUAGACUCGUAGGGAGAGGAAACCUUCAUCGAAGAGAUGGUGGUGCUCCUCGACAGAGAGGUGGGCACAGACAAAGAGAGAGAGGUGGUGGUGCUCCUCGACAGAGAGGUGGUCUUCAGAGAAAUGUAGGCAGAAGACAACGCACCAUCAUCUCUAGUGAAGUCCAGGCCAUCAUUGUUGACCAUGUGGUUAACAGAGGCUUUACCAUGGCUGAGGCUGCCAGGUUGGUACAGCCUAAUUUACAAAGGUCAACUGUCAGCUCUAUCAUCCAAACUUUUCGCCAAGAAAACCGAAUUAACAGGAGACAACCUGGUGGUGGUCGCCCACGUGUUUUGACUGACCAGCAGGAGUUGGCUGUGGUGGAAAUGGUCAGGGCAAGGAAUGACAUAUGGCUGUCUGAAAUCAAACAGGCUAUUGAGAACAGCAAUGACACCUUUGCCAAUGUGCCAUCAAUUAGCCUUCCAACAAUUGCCCGGCUUUUGAAGAAGCACCAGGUUUCCAUGACACAAAUUUACUUGGUUCCUUUUGAGAGGAACAAUGUCCAGGUGAAACAACUGCGUUCAGAAUAUAUUCAGAGGGUGAUGGAGCUGGACGCUACUGUGAAUCAUCACAAGUAUAUUUUCGUUGAUGAGGCCGGUUUCAAUCUGGCAAAAACUAGACGCAGAGGACGUAACCUUAUUGGACAAAGGGCUACCAUCCAAGUCCCUGGACAACGUGGGGGAAACAUCUCAAUGUGUGCAGCUAUAUCUGAAGAUGGUGUGGUAGGCUGUAGACCAGUUCUAGGGUCAUACAACACUGAACACCUGAUAGUUUUUUUUUUUAAAAUGAACUGGAGCAGGCCUGUCAGGGAGAAGACAUCGUCUAUGUUGUUGUGUGGGACAAUGUCAGCUUCCACCAUACACAGCUGGUUCAGGAAUGGUUUCAAACACAUCCUCACUUCAUGACCCUCUAUCUUCCACCAUAUUCUCCUUUCCUCAACCCAAGUGAGGAAUUCUUCUCUACAUGGAGGUGGAAGGUGUAUGAUCACCAUCCCCAUGAGCAUGUCUCCCUUCUUCAAGCCAUGUGUGAAGCUUGUGGUGAUAUAACUGCUGAGCAAUGUCAAGCCAGGAGAUUUUUCCCACGGUGCCUGAACAACGAAGACAUCCACUGUGAUGUUGAUGAAAAUAUAUGGCCCAAUGUUAAUGACCGGCUUGAUUAAUUGUGUAAAAGUGAUAAGAAUAAAAUAACAUAAAAAUAUAUUUUGCUUAUGUAAAUGACUUGUUUUUUUUCUCCCUUUUUCAUGUGU